AUGAAAAAAUUAUUAUCGUGUGUGCGACAGGCCAACACAACCAACAUCUAUCUUCUCUCCCGAUCAAAGUUCUACUUUGUGAAAUUUUUGAUCAUGUCCAACACUGAAAAUUAUCGGAAUGUACAAUACAGUACCUCCCAAAGCCCCAAGAAUGAUCUUUCAAAAUACGGAGGAAUGAACAACAAGGAUUGGGAUCAAUUGUGGAGAGAUCAAUCCACUCCAUGGGAUACCAAACAAGCAUCACCAAUAUUGAAACAUUUGGUAGAAACCAUUUACCAAGAUCGAGCAGAUAUUAAACAUGCUCUAGUGCCAGGGUGUGGAAAUGGCUAUGACGUUGAUACUCUGUCAGCUUUAAAAUCAGUAGAAACAGUGGUUGGACUUGAUAUUUCGGAGACAGCUAUUGCAUCUGCAAAUUCAAAAAAAACUCAAUUCCAAUAUGGUAAUCCAAACAAAGUUCAAUUCGUUUGUCAAGACUUUUUUACGCUUGAUAAAAAGUUUGACAUUAUUUUCGACUACACCUUCCUGUGUGCUCUUCCAAUUUCUUUAAGAGAAGCAUGGGCACACCAAAUGAAAAAAUUGUUAAAUUACAAAGACAAUGCCAACGCUGAGCUUGUUACCUUAAUUUUCCCUCUUGUUAAAAGAACAAACACAGGAGAUCUUGACACAGACAUUACCAAAGGACCACCAUAUAUAUUAAGCUAUCCACUCGUUGAAAAGUUGCUUGUGGAUGUCGGAUUUGAAAAUAUUGAACAAUAUAAUGUUCCAACUCAAUUCAGUCAUCCAGCAAGAGCAAAUAAUGAAAUCAUUGCAAGAUGGAGAGUAAAGAAAGUUUCCAAGCUCUAA